AUGGCGUCGUCAUCGUCAUCCACAGCGCUCUCGCACCCUGUCGUAUUCACGACCCAGGCGCCCUAUGCAUUCCCCUCCCAAAAAUUCAUGAUCCCCUUGGACUGGAAACGCUACCAGCUCUCCCAGCUCAUCAACAAAGCACUCGACCUCCCCAAGCCUAUUCCAUUCGACUUCCUUGUCCAUGGCGAGAUGCUUAGAACGUCUUUAUGGGAAUGGCGCGCAGAGAAGGGUGUUGGAGAGGAAGAUACCUUGGAAAUUGAAUACUUUGAGAGUGUUAUGCCUCCUCAGCGCAUGCCUGAGCUUCCACACGAGGAUUUGGUAUCUUCGGUAUCAUGCCAGAUACAUCAGUGUGUUCCACCAGCGCAUUUCGUGACAGCAUCAUAUGACGGUCACCUACGUCUCUUCGACUAUUCGCAAAAUUCUGUUAUCGACGCCUCUUCUUACAUUCUAGCAAGUUCGUCGCAUGACCUCACUGCGUGCCUUACGCGCAUAUCUCUAAGCUCAAACGGUCCCAGCGCGUCCACCGUCGCUUCUCUUCAUCUACACACCAGCCCACUAUCCUCCAUAUCUACUGAUGCAUCUGGUUCGCACCUCUUUACAUCUUCAUGGGACGGCCUUAUCGGUGUCUGGGACACCUCAAUACCUGAUGACCAUCAAGUAAAUUUAGAGCGUGGCGAUGACAGAAAAAAGCGGCGUAAGACCGCCCCCGCAAGCAUAAAACGGAAAGCACCAAUAGCAGUGCUAAAAUCGCACACCGCACGCGUAUCAAAAGCAUUAUUUGCUGCUGGGGAACCUGCAAAAGGUAAGGCGUACAGCUGUGGGUUUGACUCGACGGUGCGAACGUGGGAUGUUGAGAGUGGUGUGUGUAUAAAUACUAUUAACGUUCCCGAGCGUCCAAUGCUCGAUCUCGCUGAAACACCUGAUGGGAACAUCGUCCUUGCUGCAUCCACAGACCACACCGUAUCUAUCUUCGACCUCCGUGUUUCAUCCCUCUCGUCCUCCACAGGUAUCAUGAUGCACCCCGCGACUCCAUCCUGCAUCGCCACAUCUGAAAGUGGGAAGCAGCAGGUGGUGACUGGCGGUUAUGAUGGCAUUGCACGGCUAUGGGACCUGCGGAGCACGAAAGGCACUGUGACCAGUUUCAGGGUGUGGGAUGGGAUGAAGGUACUUGCAGUGGAUUGGGUUGGGGAUGUGGUGGGCAUCGGGGGCGAGGGCGGCAUGGAGGUAUGGAGAAUCGCUGGGGGAUCCUAG